CCUAUUUUUAUUAAACAAUCAGCAACAAGAAACUGUUACAACAAAAGAAAAAAUCUCAAUUUGAUAAUGAUGAAAGCUGUCAAGUUGAAGUGACAAUUUCUUAUUCGUUUUUUUCUCUCUCUUUUAUUUCUCAUUACUCUUGCAUGAUUCAUUGUUCUGAUUUUUAAUUGUUCAAUUUGUUUUGGUGGUUUGAAAUUAAUGGCUGAUGUUUAUGUUCCUGUAUCUGUGUUGCCACCCUUCUAUAUUUACAUCUUUAAAUCUGUUUACAGGAACCAUUUUGAUACAAUUAUCUGGCUACAUCUCUGUUGAUAGACAAUAGACAACUGUUGAUGAUUGACGUUGAGAUAUUUUCACUCAAAUAAUUGACUUUACUGAAUGGAAUCAGUUUGGUAUAAAUUAUACAGAGGAAAUGACAUUUAUGCUACAACUUGGAGCUAUUUAUUGCUGUGAUAUUUGCGUGAUUAACCAGGAUGCAAGAUGAUUUGUAAUGAACUGUCUGAUCUGUUUAUUUAACAAAUGACUCCAUCAAAAUGAUCAUAACACCUCAUCGUAACAUCUCGAUGACCAUUUCAUACAAACCAUGUCUGACCAUUUUAUUACUAGAUUCAAGAUAAUCUUAAUCUAAUAAAAAGCCUCAUACCUCACCUUUAGUCUGAUUUUCCAGCCAAAAGUCAUAAUUGUUUGUAAAAUUCAAUGAAACACCUGUAUUCCACUAACAAGCCAAAACAGUUAUGAUCAUGAAAAAUGAUGAAAUGUGUUUGAUUAUUCUGUUUAUACAACAACUGUUGAUAUGGAAAGCAGAAUCAAGAGGAAUUAUACCAUUAAACUGUGUCUAUAACAAUCAACUGUGUGAAUCAGUUGAAGCCCAAAUCAGCAGUGAUGAUAAAAUGGCCAGUUAUUUGAAUAAAGAUGCUUUCGAUAUUCAAAUCGGCGAUGAUAGUGAAUUAAAUGAUUUGGAUGAUUACGGACAGCCUUUUUUAGGAGACGAAAAAAGGGUUAAAGUUAAAAAAUCAAAGACAGAGAUUAACCUGGACCCAUUGAUUCCCAUAUUAACCCAGAUUGCCGCUAAGCGAAAACAGGAAGGUAAAAACCGAAAAGAUGAUCCAAAUAAAGCUCCUAAUCGGAAUUUCCAAACGCAAGGAUGGCGCUGAUAUGAAUAAAGUUCAAUCUUAUUUAUUAAACCAUCUGAAUAGCUAGUCAUACUUAAAUUUUAGAUCGAUUAGAUUUUUGUUUGCUUUACUUCGCACUUAAAUGAUCGCAUUUUUUCAACCAACAAUUUCCUCCAAGGUCGCUGUCAAACUCAACUGUCAAAUCAAUCAAACUUCGAACAUUAAACUUUAAUUAUUUCCAAUUA